AUGGCACCCACGAAAGUCGCCGCUGGCGCACAUAUGACGACAACAACACUGCGGGUCGAUGGUAUGACUUGUGGAGCAUGCACUUCCUCUGUUGAAUCGACGUUUGAAGGCGUGGAGGGUGUUGGGGAUGUUCAAGUCAGUUUGGUCAUGGAGCGAGCCGUUGUGAUGCACGACGCGGAAAAGAUAAAGGCAGAGCAAAUACGAGAGAUGAUUGACGAUCGAGGAUUCGACGCGCAGGUCAUAAGCUCUGACCGACCGGACACGCCGAUCUUUGAUGCAUCUGAGGACGACAUGCUGCUGGAUCAGGAGGACAUAAAUGACAUUUUGGGUAGCGGCAUUUCAACGACAACGCUACGUGUGGGCGGCAUGACGUGUGGCGCAUGCACAUCGGCCGUGGAGGGCGCGUUCAAGAAUGUGUCCGGAAUCAAGAGUUUCAGCAUAUCGCUGCUGUCUGAGCGUGCGGUGAUUGAGCAUGAUGCGGAUUUGAUCAACCCCGAGAGGCUGGCCGAGACUAUCGAAGAUACCGGGUUUGACGCCGAGAUCUUGGAGACCAAGGCCGCCGAGCUAGUACGAGCACAGCCGAAGCAGAGACGCAAGGCUACCAGCAAGCGAUUGCUGACCACAACGGUUUCCAUUGAGGGCAUGACAUGCGGUGCUUGUACGUCUGCGGUAGACGGUGGCUUCGCAGACCUACCUGGUCUGGUUCACUUCAACAUUAGCCUGCUGGCUGAGCGCGCCGUAAUUGUGCACGAUCCCGAGAUUCUGUCUGUCGAGAAGAUAGUAGAGACGAUCGAAGAUCGGGGCUUUGAUGCCGCCGUCAUCGCGAGCGUUGAAGAGGGCGUGCAAUCAUCGAGCGCCAACGCCACGAUCCACCUCAAAGUCUUCGGCCUACCUAGCCCAGAAUCCGCUGGUGAGCUCCAGUCGAAUCUUAAGAAUGUCCCUGGGAUACUAUCCGCCAACGUUAGCUUUUCCACCGGCCGUGCCAUGCUCACCCAUAUGCCCGCAAAAAUUGGACUUCGCGCCAUCGUAGAGGCUAUUGAGCAAGUCGGAUACAAUGCUCUUGUUGCAGACUCUGAUGACAACAAUGCCCAAUUGGAGUCGCUUGCGAAAACCAAAGAGAUCCAAGAAUGGAGACGGGCAUUCAGAACCUCAGUAUGCUUUGCGGUGCCCGUGUCCGUGAUCGGCAUGUUCCUUCCCAUGUUUGUCAAGCCGCUGGACGUGGGCAGCAUCAAACUUCCAAUAAUACCAGGCCUCUGGCUAGGGGAUGUCCUCUGUUUGUUAUUAACGAUACCUGUCCAAUUCGGCAUAGGCAAAAGAUUCUACGUCUCUGCCUUCCGAUCCCUGCGACAUGGCUCGCCCACCAUGGACGUGCUGGUUGUGAUGGGCACAUCUGCCGCGUUCUUUUUCAGUUGUGCCGCAAUGUUGGUUUCGAUCUUCACGCAGCAACACACGCGACCCGCCACAACUUUCGAUACUAGUACAAUGUUGAUCACUUUCAUCACCCUCGGACGCUUUUUGGAGAAUCGUGCAAAGGGGCAGACAUCCAAGGCCUUGUCAAGACUCAUGAGUCUCGCGCCGCCAAUGGCGACCAUUUAUAUCGAUCCCAUCGCCGCUGCCAAGGCCGCGGAGGAUUGGGACAAAUACGCUGAUAUCGAGGAGAAGAAGACUGAUGGAAAGCAGGGAGAUGGAUCAUCCGUCGAGGAGCGGACCAUCCCCACUGAGCUUAUCGAAGUUGGCGAUAUUGUCAUCCUCAAGCCUGGCGACAAGAUUCCGGCCGAUGGCAUUGUUACCCGUGGAGAGUCAUACGUCAACGAGAGUAUGGUGACCGGUGAAGCAAUGCCAGUAAACAAGAAGCCUGGCACGCCACUAAUGGCUGGUACUGUGAACAAUGCUGGACGACUGGACUUCAAGGUCACGCGGGCCGGCCGUGACACACAACUUAGUCAAGUCGUCCGGCUGGUCCWGGAGGCGCAGACCAGCCGAGCCCCUAUCCAGCGCAUGGCCGACACCGUCGCCGGCUAUUUUGUCCCCAUCAUCAUCACGCUCGGGCUGUCUACAUUCAUAGGCUGGAUGGUUCUGAGCCACAUUCUACCACAUCCACCCAAGAUAUUUCUCGGCGACUUAAGUGGCGGACGUCUGAUGGUUUGCGUCAAGCUUUGCAUUGCAGUGAUUGUGUUUGCUUGCCCAUGCGCCCUUGGCCUGGCGACGCCGACUGCAGUCAUGGUCGGAACUGGCGUUGGCGCCGAGCAAGGCAUACUUGUCAAAGGUGGAGCUGCUCUAGAAACAGCCACGAAGAUCACGCACGUCGUUCUUGACAAGACUGGGACCCUGACCAUGGGCAAGAUGAGUGUUUCACACGUGCAACAGGCUGGAUCCUGGCAAUCUGACCGGCAAAGAGUAAGCCUCUGGUGGACACUCGUUGGACUCGCAGAAGCAAGUAGUGAGCACCCAAUCGCGAAGGCUAUACUGAGUUGCGCCAAAGACAAUCUUGGACUUGGCCCUGACGGCCAGCUUGAUGGCAGCACAGGUGACUUCAAGACCACCACUGGCAAAGGCAUCUCAGCAAUCAUUGAGCCAUCGUCCUCCCUUGAGCGCAAGCGAUAUGCUGUCAUGAUCGGAAAUGCUUCAUUUCUGCGCAAACAUGGCAUUACUGUUCCGACCUACACAGAGGAAGACUACGACCAGUCUGAAGCGGCUAGCGAGCGCCCGAUCAACUGUUCAGGCCCGUCUAAGUCUGCCUUGAAUGCCGGUAUCACCAGCAUUCACAUAGCCAUUGACGACCAGUAUGCAGGCACYAUGGGACUCUCUGAUACUCUAAAGGCAUCUGCGAGAGCGGCGAUUGCGGCGCUCCACCGCAUGAAAAUUGGGACCUCUCUCGUCACCGGUGACCAAGCAGUCGCAGCUCAUCGCGUUGCUGCUCUUGUUGGCAUCUCUGCCGAGAAUGUCUUUGCUGGAGUCCUACCAGAGGGCAAAAAGAGCAUAGUUUCGGACUUUCAGAAACAAGGUCAAAUCGUUGCUAUGGUGGGAGAUGGAAUCAACGACUCGCCAGCUCUCGCCACUGCUAACGUUGGGAUUUCCCUCGCCAGCGGAACUGAUGUGGCAAUGGAUGCUGCAGACAUUGUUCUUAUGAGGCCGAAUCAGCUGAUGGACAUCCCGGCCUCGCUGCACCUUAGCAAGACCAUCUUCCGACGCAUCAAGUUGAAUCUACUGCUCUCUUGUAUUUACAAUGCAGUAGGUCUUCCCAUCGCGAUGGGCUUCCUGCUCCCUUGGGGCAUCACUCUGCCACCAAUCGCAGCAGGCGCUGCAAUGGCAUGUUCGAGCGUCACGGUCGUGGUCAGUUCUCUACUUUUGAAGACUUGGAAGAGGCCAGCAUGGAUGGCCGAAAAUGGUGAUAACGAAGCAAUACUUCCUCGUCUGCGCAAGAUGGACUUCGUCUCAACGAUCCGUAGUUUUCGUGACGCGGUUACGGGUCGGAAACGAGACGAGGAGCGUGAUAGAGGCGCUUAUGUACCGCUAGACAACAUCGAAGCGGUAUAG